AUGGAAGGAUAUCAAGAUGAAGAAAUUGAUUUAGUUCAAUGGCUACGAGAGAAUAAAGGAAGAAACAUGUAUUAUUCCCAAGAUAGAGAUAAAAAGAAAUCUCAUAAAUCUAGAGAGAAAAGUCAAACUCAAGAGAAGGAAUCGGCUGAUAAACCUACUAAGCAUCAUCAUCACCAUUCCAAACUAUCAAGACUGUUUCAUAGAUCAGAAAAAUAA